AUGGUGCACCAUCAUCAUCGUCGUCGCGGCCUUCAGGCGAGCCAUCACUGCGUCCUCAGGAGACGAGGCGCGACGCCCUCGCUUCUCCAGGUGCUACUGCUGAUACUAGGUCUCUGGCUGCCGGUGCUGGACAACGGCGGUCUCGUCCUCGCCUGCGGACCUGGCAGGGGCGGCGGACGCCUCCCGACCCUCAGGAAGAUCACGCCGCUGGUGUUCAAGCAGCAUGUGCCUAACGUCAGCGAGAACACGCUGCCGGCCAGCGGGCUCAGCGAGGGACGCGUGUCCAGGCACGACUCCAGGUUUCGGGACCUCGUGCCCAACUACAACGCCGACAUCAUCUUCAAGGACGAGGAGGGUACCGGCGCUGAUCGUCUUAUGACACAGAGAUGCAAGGAGAAGUUGAACACUCUCGCGAUCUCGGUAAUGAAUCAAUGGCCGGGGGUGAAACUGAGGGUGACAGAAGGAUGGGACGAGGAAGGGAAGCACGCGACGGAUUCGUUGCAUUACGAGGGACGUGCCGUCGACGUGACAACGAGCGAUCGGGAUCGCUCGAAAUACGGAAUGCUGGCGAGGCUCGCUGUCGAAGCUGGUUUCGAUUGGGUCUACUACGAGUCCAGGUCGCACAUCCACUGCUCCGUUAAGUCUGAGUCCUCGUCGGCAGCAAAAUCCGGGGGUUGCUUCCCAGGUAGAAGCCUGGUGCGGACCGAGGACGGGUCCGCGAAGAGGUUGGACCAGGUGCAGCUGGGCGAUCGGAUCGCCGCCCUGGAUUCGCGCGGGGACAUCGUUUACAGCGAGGUGAUCGCGUUCCUGGACCGUGGCCUGACAGAGAGGAGGCAGUUCGUUCGACUGACCACGGAGACCGGUCGCGUGUUGACCUUGACGCCGGCCCACUUGGUGCCCGUGGAGGGCAGGUCGUCGAUCUUCGCCGGCAGGGUGCAAUCGGGCGACAAGAUCCUCGUAAGGGAUCCCGCGGACGAGAACGAGGUGGAGCAUCGUCUGCGGUGGGACAAGGUCGUAGACAAUCGACUGGUCCUCGAAGAGGGCAUCUACGCGCCCCUGACGACGGAAGGCACUCUCUUAGUCGACGACGUGGUCGCGUCCUGCUACGCCUUCGUGGACAGCCAGGAGGUCAUCCAUUUCGCUUUCCUGCCGUACAGAGUCUGGACCACCGUCAAGUCUUUCUUCGCGAGGAUCGUCGUCGAGAACACGAGGCACCCGGACGUCAGGCAGGACGCUAGGACGAUAGAGGAAGGCAUACACUGGUACGCCUCGUUCCUGUACUGGGUAUCGUCGUACGUCACCCCCACCAGGAUGCUUUAUCAAUGA